AGGGUGAUUGCCUGGAGUACCUGUUUGUUGCUCUAGUUUGUGUGGAUCCCAAUUGGCUGUUGUUGCCCCAAAUGUGGCUCCACUUCUGAUAAGAGAAGCAUGAAUCACCACGUCUUUUUGUAUGUUAAGGGCUGGAUUUAAUGGAGUCUGUUACUGUUGGAGGAACUGAGAAGUCUGAACCUGCCUGGAUGUGAAGCUGCUCGUUCUGGGAUGGUGCAAUGGAUUUACUGAAGGAACUGAAGAGUAUGCCUAUGACUUUGGACUUACUGCAGUCCACCCGCAUUGGUAUGUCAGUGAAUGCACUGAGGAAGCAGAGCACAGAUGAAGAGGUGAUAGCGCUUGCCAAAUCACUCAUCAAAUCUUGGAAAAAACUUCUAGAUGCUUCAGAGGAAAAAAGUGAGGAGAAGAAGAAAAACCUGUCCUUGCCAACAUCUUCCUCAAAGGAGACUGGUAACUCAAGAGACCAAAGCUCCAACAAAAGGCAGGAGCCUCCGAAGACCCCGACCACCCCCAAAAUCACCACCUUCCCCCCGGCACCCAUCACCUGCGACGCUGUCCGCAACAAAUGCAGAGAAAUGCUGACAUCAGCUCUGCAGGCUGAUGAUGACUAUAUUGCCAUUGGUGCUGACUGUGAACACAUAGCAGCUCAGAUUGAAGAAUGCAUAUACCAAGAUAUCAAGAACACUGACAUGAAAUACAAAAACCGGGUGAGGAGCCGCAUCUCCAAUCUGAAGGACUCCAAAAAUCCUGAGCUGAAAAAGAAUGUGCUGUGUGGGGCCAUUACUCCUGAACAGAUUGCAGUGAUGACCUCGGAGGAAAUGGCCAGUAAUGAGCUGAAAGAGAUCAGGAAAGCCAUGACGAAAGAAGCAAUCCGGGAGCAUCAGAUGGCCAAGACAGGAGGGACACAGACUGACCUCUUCACCUGUGGGAAAUGCAAGAAGAAGAACUGCACUUACACCCAGGUGCAGACCCGCAGCUCCGAUGAGCCCAUGACCACCUUCGUCGUGUGCAACGAGUGUGGGAACCGCUGGAAGUUCUGCUGAUAUGUGCCAUGGCCCAAGAGCGGCAGCCAAACACAGAUCUGAGUGCAACCUCCAUACGCCAGCUCCCACGGCAAUUGUGUAUUGUGUCCCAAGUGAGUUUGCAUUGUCACGUACUGAGAGAGCAGCUGCAGGGAGGCCUGCCUCUCUGUUUGGGCCUCGGUGGAGAGCCACAGUUGUGGGCUGACAGUGGCAGGAGAGCUCACUAAACACACUUAGUCAUUAUUUUCUCAUCUAAGCAAGUAUGGUCACUUUUUCUUCAAAACUAAUAUUAAACAUUUUUGUCAGUUUCUGACUUUUAUUUGAA